AGCUCUCUCUUGCCCCAGAAUCCCCAAUCUCUCUCCCCGUCACCCGCCGCCCUCUUCGUCUCUCCCGGCGACGACGUGCCGGCCCCCCACUCUCCUCCCAAGCCGACCACCCCGCCCGCCCCUGACUUCCUCUUGUCCGCGCUUCUCCCUCCCACAGCCACCGCCGCUCGAGCUGCCACGCCAGCCGCAGCGGCUACAGCCCUCUCCUCGGCUCCGGCCGCCGUCGAGGGUGCCCCCGCGGCGCUCCAGUCGCCGCCCGUGAUCCGCAGCAGGCCACACGCAGUCGAAACCCAUCGGAAUCCCCGCGCCGCCAUGCUUCGCCUCCGAAGCUGCAUCGUGUCCCAUCUCCUCUCGUCUCCAUCCACCCCUCUCCCCCGCCUCCUCUCCGCGGCCGCGCCCGCCGUUUCCCCGAGCACCGGAUUCGCCGUGGAGGAGUACCUCGUCGCCACCUGCGGCCUCACCCGAGCGCAGGCCCUCAAGGCUUCCCCGAAGAUCUCCCACCUCAAGUCCCCCUCUAAUCCCGACGCCGUCCUCGCCUUCCUCGCCGGCCUCGGCCUCUCCAGAGCCGACGUCGCCACCGCCGUCGCCAAGGACCCCAGGUUACUCUGCGCCCGCGUGGAGAGUACUCUGGCCCCCAACUUGGCUGCGCUCAGCGGCAUCGGGUUGUCGCGCUCUGAGAUCGUGCCCCUCCUCCGCUUGCGCUGCAGAUCUGUCGUCUCCAAGCUGCAGUACUACCUGACCCUCUUCGGCUCCUCCGAGGCCUUCCUCCAGGCGUUGAAGUUCAACUGCAACCUCCUCACGCACAGCAUCGAGAGCGCGGUCGAGCCCAAUGUGGCGUUGCUGCGGGAGUGCGGGCUAGGUGAUCGCGAUAUUGCCAAGUUAUGCGUUGGUAUGCCAUGGCUGCUGGCAGCCAACCCAGAAUGCAUCCGAUCAAUGGUUGCCCGUGCCGACGGUCUUGGCGUGAGCCGGGAAUCUCCGAUGUUCAGGCACGCGAUGCAUGCUGUUGCAUUCCACAGCGAGGAGAAGAUUGCUGCCAAAAUGGCGUACCUGAAAAAGACGCUCAGGUGGUCGGAUGCUGAGGUGCGCAUUGCUUUGUCCAAGUCUCCAAUGAUGCUGAGGAGUUCUGAGGGCAUGGUGCAGCGCAUGUCAGAGUUCCUCAUCUCUGAGAUGGGUUUGGAACCAGCAUACAUUGCUCAUCGGCCGGCAAUGCUCGCUUACAGCCUGGAGCGCCGGAUCAGACCCAGGUACUACGUUGUUAAGUAUCUUAAGGAAAAUGGAUUGGUAAGUCGCGACCGGGACUACUAUUCCGCACUCACGCCGUCCGAGAUGAUAUUCUUGGAGAAGUACAUAUGCCCUCACAAGAAAGCUGCGCCGUACCUUGCUGAAGACUAUGAUGAUGUUUGCAGAGGACAAGUGCCUGAUAGAUUCAGAUUUGCAUGAACCAAUAACAAGGCACAAUUGAUCUGAAAACUAAAUAAUGCAGUAAUACAAUUUCUGUAUAUGGCCUACUAUCUCCCCCAAAUGCUAUGGCUGGUAAAGAGUAAGCCUCCUUUGAUCUGCACCAAUCAAAGGGCUACAUGUGUUCUUUAUGCCCAGCAAUGCAACAGGUAUGAAUGAAGUUUUGUUGCUAAUAUGUUAUAUCAUGGUAUAAGCCCCGUAGUAUCCAAUCUGCCUACAUUGAUCUGAGGUGUUACAUUCACAGGCUAUUGCUUUAUGCAAACAGAGUUAGGCAGUAACAGAUGCAAGCUGGCUCCUCUAGAUGGCAUCUAUCCUGUUUUCAGUGUAGUAAAAACAUAUCUCCACAACCAUAUCAAGCUUGUACCGCGUCACUUUGUACUAAACUUGUUAAAGCCAGAUGUGAUACUGGACAGUAUGAAUUAUCAGCUAUCUAGAAUUUUUCUGUCAGAUCGCAAAAUCUACCUGCAUAUUUAACAACUUUUAGCUUCCAUCUGAACUAGAACUCCUGUUUUCAUCUAGGCAUGAAAUGUCACAAUCUUCUGCUAUUUCUUAGCACACAAGAUGUCAAAAAAAUUAUAUGAAACUGUUUCUUCUCUGCCAAAUCGAAUUUCUUCAUAUAUGAUAGUUGUUUGAUCUACUUUAGAUAGUGGUCCACUUAUUCAGUAGGUAAUCAUAGUUGAAUUUAUCAUUUACAUCUCCUGUCGCAGGCCAUACUGUUGUUGUCUAGCAAGACCUUCCUCCUUGCUAUAUAGGAGUAUUAGCAUUCUCUUAAUCUUUGAGUUCUUUUUUUUUGAAUCUGUGGGUAUGCACCUGCAAUUCCUCAUGACAAGUGAUGAUCCCUUUGAGUAGGUACGGGUUUUCUUAUAUUUGUAUAGUUUCAUGUGCACAUUGAAGGUUAUGCCCUUUUUGUGCUAUUAUCAGACUGGCUGUAUACCUUUUGAAAUCGUGAGCACCUGGUGCAUUACGAGUCAAACUCUUAAUAAUCUAAUUAUACUAGGAGAGUUUUAUUCCUUUCUGUCUCAGACCAUAGUUAAGAACAACUUAUUUGGAGGCAUUUGAACAUGGUUCAGAACAAUGAUUACGUGGCAAGAUUGCAUCUUGGCUGUCAAUUAGUUAGACUCUUCACCGGUAUAGAUUGUUGAUAUCAAUGGAUGCGUUCAUAGUAUAUAAAUAAUUGUUUUUGCUAAACAGUACUCCAUUGUCACGCGUAUUGUUGCCAUUUAGACCUCACAGUUUCAUCAGAAUUCGAUGUUGUAUGUUUCUUCUUUCUGAAUUGAAUUGUAUUACGCUUUACCUUUUCUCCCAGGAAAUUACUAAUUCUGUACUGACAUUUCAAUUCAAUCUCAGGUUUCCCGUUUGUCUACUAAAAGUGUUACUUUCUCCUAAUCAGCGUGCCAGCUCAUACGCCAUACCGAAACCGUCUCUGUUGUAGUACUUCGUAACAAUGAGCUAUAACUGUCUCCCUUUUGACCCUUGUGUUGGCAUACCUAAGUUUAUGAGGAUUACUCAUGGAUGGGCCGGGUACUGGUAUAUGGAACUCGAUGUCAGGUUAGAUAUCAUAAGCGCUGCAAUGCCUUCCAUCAAUGAUGGUGUUCCGUGUCUCCAAGUCCGAUCAGGGAGGCGCCGCGCGAGUCGAAUAGCUAGCUAGGAAACCGACCGGGGAGGUUUAUUGAUUACCUUACCGGAAACCCUGUCCGUCCAUUUGUGCGGAUCACAGACUUACUUAUAAAAUGUGGAAAUUUUGGCCGAAAUUUGACUUCCGGUUGGUUAAAAACCAGAACUAGUAUCUAUAUUCUUGCAUUAUGUGGUCACCCUGCUCCUCCGCUGCGCUGAGAGGCCUGCAGGCAGUGUGUGGUGUACGUUGUUUCCCUGGGUUUUUCUCCCGUGGUGAUCUGAGUUUGGACAAGCCGAUCGCUGCACCGGUGCAGCAACAAGACCGGGCUGAAACUGUCCAUUUCUCCAAGAUGCUGCGGUCCUGGUCUGGUGACCGAUAGAUCAAAUUCUACGAUGCUGCGUGCGUACGUACGUACGUACGUAUAGGACCCGAUAAAAAAGUCGAGUAGUACAAGCACCACCACCACCACUACAGACUAUAGAACG